AUGUGUUUUGAGGAUGUCAAGCAGGACGUCUUCUUAGCUGCAUUCUUCCAGUCACUCUUAAGGACCAGAGCAGCCUUCGAGGUGAAGUUGCAGAAGAGUCCACGCACUACAGACUUUCGUGUACCUCAGUCCAUAUGCACCAUGUUCAAUGUUAUGGUGGACGCCAAGGCCCAGUCGGCCAAACUAUGUGCCAUGGAGCUCAGCCAAGAGUUUGUUAGAGAAUGGAGACAGUACCACUCGCAAAUUGACAAUCUCAUCGAGGAGACGGUGAAAGAAAUGAUUACUUUACUUGUGGCAAAGUUUGUUGUGAUCCUAGAGAGUGUUCUGGCAAAGUUGUCACGUUAUGAUGAGGGCACACUUUUUUCCUCCUUCCUGUCAUUUACAGUAAAAGCUGCUUCAAAAUAUGUGGACGUACCUAAACCUGGGAUGGAUGUUGCCGACAGCUAUGUGACAUUCGCUCGUCACUCUCAGGAUGUCUUGCGGGACAAGGUCAAUGAGGAGAUGUAUAUAGAAAGGUUGUUUGAUCAAUGGUACACCAGCACAAUGAAUCUCCUGGGCACCUGGCUGACAGACCGUAUGGACCUGCAGUUGCACGUGUAUCAGCUGAAAAUCCUCAUCAGAAUUGUAAAGAAAAAGUAUCGUGAUUUCCGGCUACAAGGUGUGCUGGACUCCACUCUGAACAGCAAGAUGUAUGAAACGGUGAGAAACAGGCUGAUUCUAGAAGAGGCUACAGCAUCUGUUAGAGAGGGAGGCAUGCAAGGCAUAUCCAUGAAGGACAGCGAUGAGGAAGAUGACUAGAUCCUGCUGGAGACAAUUAGGUGUGGACAAUUCGCUCAGCAACAUCUAUCGUGGCCUAAAAUGAUGCAUGUACCACUGUCCAUCACUCAUACAUGUCUGGAUGUUGUUUACUUUAUGCUCUGUGACAUCAAGGGACCACCUUCAAUUAAAAUGAAACAAAAAUAUAUUCAUUUCCAUUCAGGUGACAGAAACAAAAGCAUAUAUUAACCCAAAAUAAAAUUUAUUAGACACUUUUUGGGGGGGGGGGGGGGGGGGGGCUGACAUUCAUUACUAAAUGUUUCUAAGCAAUAUGGAGUACCAUUUGUAAACGAUGUUGUGUGAUAUGGUAAGGAAUACUGCUGAUCUUGUCCCUGUACAAUGCUUCUUCAAUGUAUUGUAAAUACAGUAAUGGUACAUAACUGUGCAUAGACCUUGUUUUCUUUUGGAGUGUAGGCCAACUGACUUGAUUGUAUUAACUUGUUCAGAUGUUUAUAUAUUCAGCUCACAAAUCCACAAUUUGUUUACACCCAAAAUGUUUUAAGGCACUUUUUUUUUACAAACUGGGUAAGGUGAUAUGUUUGUAGCUGUAUUUUAGAGAUGCAAUAGAUUCCCAUAUGUUAAACUGACGUCGAUACUUUUUUUGUUUUUAAACCAUGCAUCAUUUAUUCUGUAUUUUUUUUUUGGGUGGGGGUGGGGGGUCACAAAGAAGCUUUUAUUUGUAUCCUUUUUGUUUCUUUGCAACAAAGCAUUUCCGAUCCUUCUAUUAGGAUAGCCUCUAAAUGCUUGCAGGUUUUCAUCAUUACCAUUGUUGUUUUGUGUAUACAGCGUUUAAUAUUCCCCUCUGUGCAGUGGCUGCAUGUCCCAAUUGUCAGAAAUCUUAUCUGAAGUCUUUGAUUUUGUGGAAAGUAAAUGGUGGAUUCAUCUUGCGUCGGCCUUAUGAAAACCCACUGUUGGAAUGCAAGAAUCUGGGCUUACAUAAUAAAAGUAAAAAUAAAACUCAUAA